AAUGAUUUCCAACAUGAUUUCAAAGUUUGCAAAGGUAUUUCGACUUGCAAAUAAGAGCCCCAAGCUUUGGCGCCGCGCGCCCUCAACAGGAAUUAUUGUGUAUACUAUUCUGAUAUCGAACGGCCGACGAUUGCGAAGCGAAGAAUCAGCAAACAAGCCAGCUGAGACUCGUACGGUACCCUUGUUAGAAUUCCCCGUCAGUGUACCAUGCCACCGAAGAAUAACACACUACCCCAAUGGGGGAACCAGCAGUCCAUGAACCUGAACCCACUGAUUCUAACAAAUAUCCAAUCAUCACCAUACUUCAAGAAUGAUCUCUUUAAACUCAAGACAUACCAUGAGGUCAUUGAUGAGAUUUACUACAAGGUUUCUCAUCUUGAGCCUUGGGAGCGAGGUAGCAGGCAGACAUCGGGACAGAUUGGGAUGUGUGGAGGGGUGCGUGGAGUGGGAGCAGGUGGCAUUGUUUCCUCAGCGUACUGUCUCCUUUACAAAUUAUAUACAUUGAAACUGACUCGCAAGCAGCUGAAUGGUCUAUUAACACAUUCAGAUUCAUCGUAUAUCAGGGCAUUGGGAUUCCUUUACAUUAGAUACAGUCAACCACCUCAGGAUCUAUGGGAUUGGUAUGAAGAAUAUUUAAAUGAUGAGGAGGAAGUUGAUAGCAAAGCUGGUGGAGGAAACUGUGUUACUAUCGGCCAAAUGCUGAUGCACUUCUUAGUCAAAUUGGACUGGCAUUCAACUCGCUUCCCUCGUAUCCCAGUUCCAGUCAUGAAGGAUAUAGAGAAUAAGGUAUCGGCAUGGCAAUACGCUCAGCGUCAGAACAACCCAGCAGAAGGAGGAGGAGGAGGAGAGGAAACAAUGGAUGAUUAUAAUACACAAGAUGAUAACAAUGAAUGGACAGCAAACGAUAAGAAACUGGAAAGAUUCCAGGAUGAAAGAAAAUCUAGCAGAGACAGAGAUGAUGACAGCCAUAGAAGAGACAAAGAUGAUGACAGCCAUAGAAGAGACAGAGAUAGACAUCGAGAGCAAGAUAGAGAUCGGAAUCGGGAAAGAGAUCGAGAUAGGGGGAGUAGUCGUGACAGUCAUCGGGACAGGUCCCGCAACAACAGCAGAGAUCGUUCCCGCGAUCAUGACAGACACCGCGACAGAAGCCGAGAUCUGGACUUCGAUACAGCCCUGCGGAAGGAACGCGAACGACAGACGAGAGAUCACGCCCGUGGAAGCAGCCGCGAUGACAGACAUCGACGAUCACGCAGCAGAAGUCAUGAAAGGAGAAAGCGUAGCCGCUCCAGAGAAAAGAGAAGGAGGUCUCGAUCACGAUCACGUGAUCGUCAUCGCCAUCGAAGCCGGGAUAGGAGAUAACAUGGUCUUUUUUUGUUUAAGAUGUAUGAUAUGUAUACCUGUUAUAAGGCCGUAAGCCACUCCUUUUUAUAAUCAAAAUUCAUGUGUAUAUAUUUUUUGUAACAAGUGCACAUGUCCUGCUUAAUUACAAUAUUGUCUUAUUUGAAGUCUUUUUAUACAAACUUUGAUAACAUUAUUAAAAAGUAAUAGUAAAUAUUAGCGGCACUGCAAAGUAAUGACUAUCUCAAAAUGUUUGUUCAAUUUGUUGAGACAUUGAUUGUAAUGAACCUCCCCCCCUCAAAGUUGGUAUUUUUUGUUUUUGAAUUUGACCCCACUCAACUAAUUUCGCCGCUACGCCACCGCGCAAAUUCUUUUGACCGCGCCACUCGCUGACUUUUUACUUCCAAGUCUUGCGCAUCUUUUGAGACCAAAUUUGCGGUGCCUGGUAAUGCGGUUCCGAAAUUACGCAAUAUUUUGUAAGCGCAUGUCGGUCCCAAAAUUGCUCAAAAACGUGAUUACGUGAACAAAGUCAAUGCAAAUUUUUGUUUUUCAACCAAAAAACAUAAAUGUAUUCUUUACUUUUUGGUUUAAUAUGGAUUUAUUUUAUGUUAUUUAUGAUCGCAGGGGUCCCCGACAAAGUUCAUUGAAAAAAGCAUUAAAAAAACAAAGGUUUGAAAAAACAAAGAAAUACAUGAGAAUUAAAUAAACAAUAAGAUACAUAGGAAAUUAAUUAUUUUUCAGCAAUUUUUUUGUUAGAAAUGUAAAAAUUCAUAUGUUCACCAAAAAGUAGCAUUCUACUAGGUAUAUAAAUUGAGUUAAAGGCAAAAACAUACACAAAAAAACAAAAUUUAGGCAAAUUUCAUACGCUUAUUUGCAUAAUUAAUUAAUAAAAAGAUAUAAGCAAUUAAUUUUUUGAAAAUUUUACUACAGAGUCUUGUAGUUUACAUCCGGCUCUACACGCGUGCAAAUUUUCGCGGUGAUCGCGCUAUCAACGGCCGAGAUCUACCCCCCACCCCAGUAUGUUGGUCUGAAAAAGCCCAGUCAAGGUAGGGUUUAGGGUCAGUGAACGUAGUAUUUUAUCAUAUGAAUUGUGUUUUUUUGUGAAUGAUUAUUCUAUAGUUGUUUUCAAAGUCAGCACUGCUGCUAUAUUGAAUCGCGUAAUGCAGACGAGACUGCCAGAGGCGUUCCACUUCUUGUAACAAGUGCACAUGUCCUGCUUAAUAAUAAUAUUGAAAACUUUGAAGUUUUUGUACAAUAUUUGGAAAUGUUAUAUAGUUUUAAUCAUUCUAUGAUUCCCAGUAUUAAACAUCAAAUUGAAAAUGAGCAGCACUGCAAGGUAUGUAUGUACCAUUUUUGUUUUGUUGAGACAUUGUGGUGAAUAAAACUCUAGGUAUGUUCACGUAAACUUUGUUGUUUUUCUAACUUUACUUGAGACUAAGCAUGCACGAUCCAGAAAAACUGAUGUCUGUCUCCUAAAUCCUUAAUGCAUUUUAUUGACUUGGUUCCAGACUUUUACAAAACCUCUGCACUACUUAGCUUGUCUGUAUUUUAUAUCUGAUACAUUCCUAAGUGAAGAAAACAAGUUUGAUCUUUGUACAGUGAGUUUUAUGUAAUCAACCUGUGCUUUUGUAGCUUAGAAAAUUCAGAGCGUCAAAAUUUAAUUCAGAAAGCCAAAUUCUUAAUUACCACACUAAAUUCAAUAUAAAAUAAUUGUAUCUACUUGCUACUGCCUUAAGACAAGUAAUCAGAUGAGAAUAUAUUAAAUAUUAUUUCGUAAAUGACAACUUGUUUCCUUUUCAAUAAACAGAUAUGGUGAAAUAAAUCUCAGCAAGAUAACAAUAUUCAAACAUGGCAAAGCAAAUUGCCCCAUUCAUGCUAGUAAAAAUUGAAAUCGAUGUGCUUCAAGUCGAGAAGGAGACGGCGAUGUAAUUCCAUAUCAAUUUUUUUUAUUAGCCUGUUUCCCUCUUGACAUUACAAUGAGGUUCCACUGUCUGUGUACAUUAAUGAAUAGGCAGGUUAUGUCUUAGACACUCGAUUUUUAAUUUGGAUAUUAUUGCUGACUCCAUUUCUGCUAAGAGCAGCUGUUGUCUUUAUACUCCCAAUGAAAAAUUGCCAGAGAGUUUAUAUGAGGAAAGAAGAUGGAGAGAAGUUUUGGGCUAAGCAUGCGCAGAUCGAUUCCUAGCCUCAUUUCUCCACUGUAUAAGCUGUAAUUUUCGCGGGGGUUUUAUUUUCGCGGAUUUCGCGAAUUGCCGAUCGGCCGCGAAUUUAACAACACGCGAAAAUAUUGACUCACUUCUUAGUCAGUGCCAAUGUCCCUAGCAGCAAAGCUUUGCUAUUGAAAACAUACUGUGUAGUGAGAAAAUGGAGGUAUGCACCUCUAUAUGUACAAAAAAUGAGGCUUAGAAAGUACAGUUAGUGAUUCAAAAAGUUAGCUAGAAUUUCACUUUUUUUAAUUUCUCAAACAAAAUCAGAGCCUAAAGUAUUUUCUAACAUUAUUUCAUCAAUAUCUAUACACUCACUGUAAUAUUAAAAUGUAUUUUCCAUGAAAUAAUUUGAUUUUAUUGUCAUCUGAUUGACUCUAUACACACGUAUUGGCAGCUAUUUGCAUACUCAUUAAUAUUCAUAAGUCACAUGACCAGAGCUUUUAAAGGUGAAGAUUCUGUUCACAAAAUUCCACAUUUUUGCACUUUUACCAUCUUUUUGAAAAAUUAAUAGAACAAAACACCAAUUCUAAACAUUGCUUAACUCUAUAAAUUAAAGAUCAAACUGUGGCAUGAUGAAUUUUCAGAUUUAAAGGUAAAAAAAUUGAAAUUUAAACCACUUUUUUCCACAGUUUGUAACUGUUUUUACAGGGACAUAUUUAUGUACAAAAACACACAUCAGCAUGGGGACUUUGAGGAGUAGAGAUAUGCACGUGAUUUGCACUAGAUUUACUUCUUUUAGGUGCUGUGGAAAUAUUUUCUACAUCUUCCGAUCGCGAAUUUAACAACCCGCGAAAAUGUCGGGACCCCCGCGAUUCGCGAAAAAUUCUGUACGCGAAAAUAAUAGCUUCUACAGUAUUUCAUUUUUUUCAAAAGCUCCUGAAUGGCAUAUGAUAUUAUGAAUGUUGUUUUUGCAUGUUUAUUUCAUUCAGUGAGACUAUUUUUAGGGAUUGAAAUUACUGCGAGUCACAUUUUUGAAAUGUUAGUAUGUAUGCUAUUCCACCCAUCAAUAGUAGUAACUUUUGUUUUUCUUUAAGUCUGUAGUAACUUGCAAAAACUUAUAAUCAAUCCGAUUGAUCUCAACUAUGGAAAUUCACAUCAUAAUCUCAUAAUUCUCCAUAAUUGUAGGAAUGUACACUGUCCCUAUGGAAAGAAGAAGGGCACAUUGAUUUGUCAAUGAUGCGUGUUUGAUUACUUUGAAAUUGAGAAAUUCCUUAUAUUAUAACAGUCAGUCAUAUACAUGUUUCAUGUUGGUGUCACUGAAUUUCUAUAGUUGUGAGUGAAUGGAUCAACAUAACUCUUUGUGAAAAUAGGCCUAGUAGAACAUAUAAGAUUCAUGAAGACACUGCUUCCAUCUGGUGCUGAGACGGUUUAAUCUGCAUUUUAAGUCAUGAAUUAGAAAGCAUGUACCAUAUGCAAUUAAAAUACAUGCAUACUUUUUGAUGUUUGAUGUAGGAUGGAGGUUUCAAACAAGCAGCACACCCAUCCAUGUUCCAUCCUGCAUCCCAAGAAACUUUGAGCUCAUAUUCACUGUGAAUGGUGGCCUCAUGUCAUGGGAAUACCGUAUGCUACUGGUGCAUUUAAAAUGGAAUCAAAUCAAUCAUAAAGAAAAGCAAGGUUUGUAGAUUAAGAUAUUUUCUGGUUGUUACUUUUGUUUUGUCACCAAUGGUAAAAUCACUUUGUUCCUUUUCAUCAAAAUAAAUCCUUGUUACAAAGUUUGUGAUGAA